AUGCCCACGCAAGAUACCCGUGCUCGUGGGAAGCGUUCACGAGACGACGUUGAAGGGCGCUCGGGUAAGGACGAAACAUCGCACAAUUUCGAUCCAUUCGAACCUGCGCGAGCUUCAGGGCCAACAUCUUUCGAUAUCCAGUCCCGGGGCUCUCCAGAGCCUACCCAACAUCAACAUGCCGAAGCUUCGAGUAACGGUGGAUCUGCCGUACAGCCGCAAUUGCCCCUGCUCAACGCGCCUUUGGGAAAGGUCGCCAUUCCCCAGCUAAAGCAAUCCAGAAAACACGAAUCUGCUUCAACAGCUUUCAAAAGAGGGAGGACUGCCCAUGCAUGUGAUAAAUGCAGGAAGUCAAAGUCAGGAUGUACUGGAGAACUUCCUUGCCUGAAAUGCAGAAACGCUGGGUUCCAUUGCGUGUACGGAGAUGGAAAACGGGACAAAGAUCGCAAGAGGAGACUCUCGAAUCUGAGCAAAGAGGCCGACUUCCUAACGCGGCAUAACCAUGAUAUAGUUGAAAGAUUGCGACGCAUCCAGCGUGCAGAAUUGUCCAAGGAGGAGAUGAGAGAUGCGAUUGAUAAUAUUCUAACUAUGAGCCCUGUUUCAACAGCAGGCGAAAGCGAAUCUCGACACACGGUCUCGCCGGGCGGCGAACUAUCAGAAGGCAGCGAAGAGGAAUAUGACGAGGCAGAAGUCGGCUCAACAGGGGCUAUUGAUGCCAUUAAUGUGGAUACAGAUCAAGAUGACAACAGAGCUACGGGUCUUGUAGGGAAGUCCUCUGCCGUUGCUUGGGCGAAGCGCACUGCCGAAGAAUGUCGUCUGGGCGACAGUAACCCAGCAGCUAUUGGCAAACGGGACAACCUCUUCGCGCGAGCAUCCUAUUACACUGAGGACGCCGAUUUUGAAGAAGACAAAGUAGGUAAUGUCGACAUGUUUGAAUGGCCGGAUCCAAGAGUCGCAGACGCGUUGGUUCGGUCCUACUUUGAUCACGUCCAUAAGGCAUUCCCAAUCGUGGAUAAAGCAGCUUUCACGAUCAAGUAUACCCACUUCAGACCUGGAACAAGCGAUCUUUCGCCAGAAGACUUGCUAUGGCUUGGCACUCUGAAUAUAGUAUUCGCAAACUCUGCAUGGUUUGCACAUCUGACAAAGAGCCCGCGUCGAGGACAUCACAAUGAUCAUUUGCUGUAUAUAGCACGUGCCAAAUUGUUGUGUAUGGGUGAAAGCAUUUUAUACCAGGAUCCACGCGUCUCCACAGUCUGCGCUCUAGGACUAUUAUGUCUAUAUUAUGUUUCAACGUGCCGACUAAACAGAGCUUGGACAAUAUGCGGACUCGCAAUUCGAGACGCCACGACUCUUGGGUUGCAUUUGCGCAGUGAGGUCCCGGAAAUUUCUGAUGUGGAGAAGGAGCAUCGAGUCCGAAUCUGGUGGUCGUUAUAUGGCCUUGAAUGUUCACUGAAUGAGAGCACUGGUCGACCAAGCUGUGUUUCUGAUAAAGAUAUCAGCGUACCGCUGCCGGUAAACAUCAACGAGGAGGAUUUCCAUCUAGGCCAAGUAUUAUAUGACAGGACGGGGGACGUUCAGAGUCCUCAAAUACUACCAUGCAAUCGUCAAGACUCUAAAGCAUCUCGGGUGCGUAUAGCCACAGGAGUAAAACCACUUGCAUAUAUGUUCCCCAUUCUCCAGCUACAGAUUACCACCUCCACAUAUUUCAUUUACCGUACCCAACUCUCGAUAAUUGCCCACGAAAUCGUUACGCAACUCUACUGCGCAUCGACAAUCAAGGAGAAAUGGAGCAACGUCCAAGAUAUCAUCCGUGGAAUCGAUCAUCGACUUGAAGCUUGGAAAGAGAAUCUACCUAUCGAAUUCAAUGUUGACUUUGACACCGUCAAUGAGCCGGACUGGAACGAUCCCUGGCUGCUCCAGCGUACUGGGCUUGCCAUGCUCUUUAACAGCUCGCGCAUGAUCCUCUUCCGACCUUGUCUUUGCCGAUUCGAAGGCCGCAUAAAAAACCAAUCCGAGUCGUCGCAAAACUUUUCUCAAAACGCUGUGGUAGAAUGCAUAUCAUCUGCACGCAAGAUGAUAUCUCUACUCGCCUGGUCGGCGACUAGUAACGAAAAAAUCUACACCAUCCCUCCGUGGUGGAAUAUAUUGAACAACCUAUGUGAAGCACUUUCCAUUUUAAUGCUUGAAAUGGCCUUUCAAUCGCAACACAUGCCAAGCGAAAGCACACACAUCCUGGAAGAUGCAAGGAAAGGGGUUAAUUGGUUAGCCAUGAUGUCCGGGCAAUUUAUAUCCGCACGAAAAGCCUGGGAGAUCUUCGAUAAACUUAUCAGACUGGUAGCGCCCGUCAUCCACCCCUCAAUCAUCGAUAUGCCCACGGAAGUCCCUAUUCCUUCGGGCUACCAGUGGCGACGUGGCAUGACUUGUGGAUCUCAGAAAGGGUUCCAAUCACAGACGCGUCUUCAGAGGCAACCUCCCGUGGACCUUACUGAAGGCCACCUUCGUCAGUUUCAGAACACGCAACCUAUAGUCUCCAUGCCGGCGGCACCUCAACCUCCAUAUUGGACACCACCGCAGCAUGCGUCCACGUCAUUCCAGCCUUUUACCGGAACCUACGAUCAAGGAUACUCGGGAAUGUUUGGUAAUCCCCUCGAUUAUUCUGAGGCUAUAAGCCGAUUCUCCAACAUCGGUGCUGUGCAUGGGUUAUACGACGACCCAUGGAUGCAUAUGUUUAGUGAGGAUGGAGGUGGAGGUGAAGGUGCUCCGGGGGGCGGUAUGAAUUUCGGUACAUCAUCGAGUGACGAAGAGAGAAGGGAUAUCAUUGCACAGCAACAAACACUACAUGAUCCACCAGUCUAUCUCCAGUACGGUAGUAUGGGAGGAAGUACUGAUGCAGGGUCUCGACAAUUUCCGGGACCCGGGUCUGUGGAACAGCAGCAGAACAAUGAACGGUUGCAGAGAGACAAUACCAGUUCUUACAGAAUGGAUUUUGGCUUCUGA